GGCGAGCGGCGAGCGGCGAGCGGCGGCAGAAGCGGCGGCGCCAUCGCCGGGGUGGGGAAGAGGCGAUGUCGUCCAUCGGCUCGUCCAACGUCGGCUUCCAGCUGCUGAAGAAGUCCGGGUGGAAGGAGGGCACCGGCCUCGGAGCGCAGGAGCAGGGGAGGUUGGAGCCCGUAGAGACUCGUGUUAAGAACAACAAACGUGGUUUGGGUUCCAAAGAACCAAAGCCAAAGCCAGUGGUCAACGAUGACGUCGAAACGGCUCCCAAAAGGCACAAGGACGUGCCAUCAACAAAGAGGGCAAAGUUGGCUGCGAAGAGAAUACGGAAGAUGCAGGAAGAGGAGAAGCGAGCACAAGAGAAGGAAUUCGAAAUAGCCUUCUUCAGGGAAUUUUGGCCUGAAAAUGUAUAAACGACCACAAACCUAACAUUGUUGCACCUGUUAGCACUACUGUACAGCUUGUCGAUGCUUCUGCAAUUCGCACCUACCUUUCAAACUUUUCUGACCAGUUCUGGUCUAAGUAUUACCGCUGUAGAUGUCUGUGCCUGCAAAGAGAUGUUGUAACAAAUGUUACGUUCACUGAACAAAGUGUAGCUGAUUCUUUUUA